AUGUCUUACUCUGACGCUCUCACUCUGGCUCUGGACGACCCUCUCCCCGUCCAGAACCAGAUCCUCAAUAUCAUCUACAACUACCUCCCGCCAAACUCUUCAACAAGUUUGGAAGAUACUGCCCGCAAACUGGAUCAGCUUCACCCAGACAAGCGUCCCGACGAACCGCGAGUCCCCAAGGAGUCGUCGGAAGAUUUCGUUUAUAGCUUCUGGGAGCCCUUCCAUAUGCUUGCGCGUCUCAUCCCGCAAGACCAUCCCGCCAUGGAUAUGCUUGUGCAGCUGAUAAUCAAGCUACGCGAUAUGCCUUCUCGACAGGUACACCUUCAAGGCUGGGGGGACUUUGCCCUGUGGGCUGACCUACCGUUGUUUGGAGAGACGUUCAGCACGGCUUAUGACGUUGAGUGA